CUCUACGGCUUCGUGCUGGGCAUGGGGCUGAUGGUGCUCGGCGUCCUCGUCGGCACCUUCGUCGCCCAUGUGGCCUGCAAGCGGCUGCUGGCCCGCUGGGGGCGGGGCAGGCCCGGGCAGCUCCAGGGCAGCGAGACGCUCAGCGCCGUCGUCCGCGUCGUGGAGGGUGGCAGCGGUCUCAAGGUGGUGGCUCUGGCGCGACUGACACCCAUCCCCUUCGGGGUGCAGAACGCCGUCUUCGCGAUUACAGAUUUGCCACUGCCCAAUUACCUGAUGGCUUCUUCAGUUGGGCUGCUUCCUACUCAGCUCCUGAACUCAUACUUGGGUACUACGUUGCGUACCAUGGAGGAUGUGAUUGCAAAACAAAGUGUUAGUGGCUAUUUUAUAUUCAGUUUACAGAUUGUCCUAAGCAUAGGACUCAUGUUUUAUGUUGUUCAUCGAGCUCAAGUGGAACUGAAUGCAGCUAUUGUAGCGUGUGAAAUGGAAAUGAAGACGUCGCUUGUUAAAGACAGUCAACCGAGCAUCAGUGGUUCAACCACAUACUGCAAUAAAAGGACAGUAGCAUUCUCUGGAGGAGGUGUCAAUAUUGUGUGAUUUCAAGUAUUAAUAAAGUAAGGUUUUGUGAACCUAA